AACAGACGAUCUCCGCAGUGCUAGGUGGCUAACAGCUAGCUCCGUCCGACGCCAUUAGUUGGAGAAAAGCAGCGCCUCGGUUCGGUUCUUUUACCGGGUCUGGCUCCAUUCGGUCCGGUCUCCCUAGCCUCACUGCGGCCACACACCGACCACAGGCCGGUUCCCGAGCGCUGUCGAGGCGUCUCUCUCUUGAUUUUAGCCGGUUUUCGGGAGUCGGAAGCCGAUGUGAGCUCCAGUUAGCGGCGGUUAGCAUUAGCGGCUAGCUUGUUUUGAUAAAGCCCCGGAUCCGAUGGCGGCGGCAGCGGCGGCGGCUUCGGGCGGCCACAGCGGGAAGACGUAUUCCUUCAAGGUGGUGCUGCUGGGCGAGGGCUGCGUGGGGAAGACGUCGCUAGUGCUCCGGUACUGCGAGAACAAGUUCAACGACAAACACAUCACGACUCUACAGGCGUCCUUCCUCACAAAGAAGCUCAACAUCACAGGAAAGAGGGUGAACUUGGCCAUCUGGGACACGGCGGGUCAGGAGCGAUUCCACGCUUUAGGUCCCAUCUACUACAGAGACUCCAACGGAGCCAUCCUAGUGUACGACGUCACCGACGAAGACUCCUUCCAGAAGGUGAAGAACUGGGUGAAAGAGUUGAGGAAAAUGUUGGGAAACGAGAUUUGUUUAUGUAUAGUAGGUAAUAAAAUUGAUUUGGACAAAGACAGACACGUUUCAGUGGAAGAGGCGGAGAGUUAUGCAGAGUCGGUGGGAGCCAGACACUACCACACAUCGGCCAAGUUAAAUAAAGGCAUCGAGGAGCUUUUCCUGGACCUCUGUAAACGCAUGAUGGAGACGGCUCAGGCCGAGGAGAGGAUGAAGGGCAACGGCUCCAGCCAAUCAGCAUCCAGUAGGCGGGGCGUCCAGAUCGUGGACGACGAACCAGCGGCCACGCCGGCCGGCGGCUGCUGCUCGUCCGGCUAAACGCUAACGCUCCCUUCGCUUCCAGUCCUUAUAUCCACACACACAUUUAUCUGUUCGCUCAGCGCCGCCGCUGCUAGGGAUUGUGGGAAAUUAAUCUGUCUGAUCCUCCAAAAUAAAAGAGUCGUCGUGAUUAAAACGAGCGUUUUUUUAGCACUUUGAUUAUUAGAAACAUCUGCAGCUGUUCGUGCUUCAGACUAAAAACGUGUUAAUGAGAGUAGUUCUGGAGACGCGACAGGGUUUAACACACACAAACACACACAACAACAAACAGAUAAAAACAUGUUGGAGGAGGAGCAGACUGGAGCUAAAGGAGCAGCGACGCCACCCGGUGGACACUUUAGGUAAAAACACCCAAAGCAGCUGGUUCUUCAUCUACACUUCUGGUGAAAAUUACGACUAAAAUAAGUAAAAAAGCUGCAAAACUACCACUAGAAGACCCUGAAGCUCUACGAAAAUAAGUGAAUGUUCCACAAAAAGACGCAAAAUGACCCCAAAGAACUUCUGGUUCUUCGUCUGCAGGAACUUCAUCAAUGAUCAGAGUUCUACCUUCAGACUGGGAAUGUUUCAGAGUUCCAGGUCCUUAAAGUCCACAGAGGAGAACGUCUCUAGAACUUUCUACAGCUGAAUGUUCUCCUUUCUCACUUCCUGUGUUUCAGUUAUUUAGUUCCAGAAAAGAGGAAAAGCAACGCAAAAAGACGCAAAAUGAGCCUAGAGAGGUGAAACCGAAGGUCUUUAGAGUUGUCGAUGCGCGUGCUGUGAAACUUUGACUUCCUGUCUUUGAGUUAGUUUCAGGAAGGGGGAAAAUCAACACAUAAAAACACAAAUAUGCCACAAAAAGACACAAAAUCACCCUCGAGAGGUGAAACGACCACAAAAGUACGACAAAAUGCUGUAAAAUCACCACAGGAAGUCGCAACAAAAGCACGUCUGAGUUCUGGUUUUACAGAAGAUUCAUAAAAUCCAUGGAAGCUAUUGUAGAAAAAGAGUCUGCUGUUGAUUAUUGACCGUGUCAGAGAGUCAGAUCAGCUGAUUUUCAUGUCUGUAAGUAGUCAGGUGGAUACGGAGGCUACUGAGCAUGCUCAGAGAGGCAGGAAGCAGAGACUCAGAUUAGUGAGUAUUCAGUUCAUUUAAGAGGAAAGAAGUCUGAUUAUCUGUCAUUAAGUGUCCCAACGUCAGUUUGAGCUCAAAGAGAACAUUUAAGCAAAAUUAAAGCAAAAACACUAAAAGGUUCUUUGAAUAAUUGGCCUGAUUUUCAGAAUAAAAGCAUAAAUAACCACAUUUACGAAAACUGAGGCUUGAACUUGUCGUUUAAUAAAAUAUCUGAAAAAUAUGAGAAAAUCUUGAAUGAAAAACUAUUUGGAAAAAAAGUCAGUUAAUUUUGGUUUAAAAAAUAAAAUGAACGUAUUAUUUUCUGAUCUGUAAAUUUAAAAAAAUAUUUUGCUAAAUCAGGGCGGCUGUGAUCGACUUUACAACAUAUUUAGGUUAAAUGUUCACUUAAAAAGUCAGAAAAUAUAAACAAAAUUUAAAUAAUUAUUUAGUUUAUAAUUUAUAAAAUGAAGAAAAGCAGCAAAUGUUCACAUUAAAGGAGUUAAAUGACAGAAUAAUUCAGUUGUUUUGUAUUUUGUUGCUUAAUUCUGUCGAUUUAUUGCAAAAUCUAAACAUUUCUGCCAAAAUCACGGCUUCAGCAACAUUUAUUGUCCAUUUAAUCAACUAUUUCUGUUUGUAAAAUAUUACAAUUGCACUGAGAAAAAAACCCCAAAUCAGCUGUUUUUGUGUAAAAUCUUCUAUUUAUUCAGAUUCUAAUGAUAGAAAAUGAAGAAAAGCAGCAAAUUUUCACAUUAAAUGACAAAAUAAUUCACUUUUUUGUGUAUUUUGUUGCUUAAUUCUCUUUAUAAUUGAAAAAUCUGCUCAUAUUUUUGCCUUAUUUUGUUUCUGAUUUGGAUUUUUGAUCUAAAAAUGAAAUUAAACAUCAACAUUUGCUGCCAGUUUGUUCCUUUAUUUACUCAGAAAUUACAUUAAAUAUUAGAAUUAAAGCAUAGAAGAACCCUAAACUGACUUUUUUAGUCUAAAAUCUUCUAUUUAUUCAGAUUCUAAUGACAGAAAAUGAAGAAAAAGUGUCACAUUUUCAGACCAGAAAAGCUAAAAUCAGAGAAUAUUUCACUUUAAUUUGAUGUUUUCUGUUGAUUUAUUGCGGUUCUGGUUGAUUUCAGCUCUGCUCCUCUUCCUCCACGUCGCAUUUAUUUGGUUUUUCUAACAAACAAAACUUCACAUUUCAGACAGAGAAUGAUUGGGUGCAUGUUUGGUUUCUGUAAACGCCUUUGUUUGUCUUUUAAAAGAAAUAAAAGCAGCGGUUAUUUAAUAAGUUAUAUUCCCGUGGCGGUGAUGGAAACUCUGUGUACUUUUACUGUUUCUCCAUUAAUCUGCUUUUACUGCGAAACGUUGGACAAAAACUACAAAAACAGAAGAGAAGCCUGGAUUUCUCUGAGGAAAACUAACAAAGUCGUGGUCGGAAAUGAGGAAAAGAAUCGUCAGACUUUUUGGAAAUGUCAUUUUUUUAAACUGCUCGUUGUUUUGUAAAGAUAAGAGAAGAAUUCUAACGAUUUCCACGACGCAUGACGGUGUUUGUCUCUGCAGAAACACUUUUCAUUUCCCAACAUGCUCAAUAAAUAAAUAAGAUUCAUCAUUUA